AGGACCUGCAAAUGUGCUGGACCUAACUGUAGUUUGCAGGCUGCUAGCACUGGUAUAUGAUCAGAAUAAUGGCUGUACAUUGCUGUGCAGUGGGCUUGUUAAUGCUUCUAUGUCACUACACCCUCUUAUCUACUGCUGAGGAAGGUUUCUGGAGCAUAAAUCCUCCUAGCAUACCUGGAUUAUAUUGUACCUCUCAGGGUUUUCAGUACGUUGUGCCUACAAAACGUCACAGGUUAAUUUCUGUUAAAUUUAGUGCACUGGACAAGAAAGGGAGCGCCCAGGUUUUAUCCAACAGCCGCAAUUGUGGGACUUGGAUCCUGAGAAAUUCAAGUGGAUCUGUGACCUUGCAUUCUUCCUAUGAUGGAUGUUAUGUCUAUGAACAGGAUUACAACAAUAAAAUGAUGCUACUAAUUGAAAGGGAAUUAGUUUCUGGAGAAUGGAUGCACCCACAAAUUAAAGAGCUGAAAUGCCCUAAACUGGAGGCUCUAAAUAGAUCAGCUCCUGAUCACUGCUCAGUUGUCCCACUUAAGGAGAGAAUUGCUUGUGCCGCUUCCCCAAUCUCUCGCUGUAUGUGCACCAAACAGGGAUGCUGCUUUGACAGCGAAGACCAAAUUAACCCCUGUUACUAUGGACAUAAAGUGACUGUCCGAUGUACCAAGGAUGCGCUCAUCUCAAUUGCUGUCUCUAAAGACCUAACCCAGCCUCCCCUCCGGCUAGACUCCAUCCACAUGAUGAAAGGAAGAGAUGCGGCAUGUAGCCCCACACUGAGGACCUCUGGAUUUGUUCUUUUCCAAUUCAGUCUUUCAGCCUGUGGAACAACCUCUAGCGAACGGGAUGGUACAGUGAGCUAUGAGAACAUUAUGGUUGCAGAGACUGAUAAUGUGAGAAGCCAGAAUGUAACGGCUGCAGAGCUGGGCAGCCCAUUAAGGCUGCACAUCCAAUGUAGCUUGAAUCCCAGUGUUCCAUCUGCACAGAACACUGGUGUACUUGUCCCAUCAUCGCCUCUUCCUGAUGCUGGUCCUAAACCAUCCACGUUGCAGAUGAGGUUUGCUAAAGAUGACCUGUAUAUGAAAUACUAUAUUGAUGGAGAGUAUCCUGUGGUAAAGCAGCCUCAAGACCCUAUUCCUGUUGAAGUCCGAAUAUUGCAGAGCACAGAACUGAACUUUACAUUAACUCUUCAUCAGUGCUGGGCUACCCCAACUGAAGACUCGGAGCAUGAGCUUAAAUGGCUUUUUCUGGAUAAUGGGUGCCCAUUUACUGGUGAUAACAAUAUGUCACAAGAGAUAUCUCCUGCAACAUACAACGGACUGAGCUUCCAUUCGCAAUACAAGCGGUUCCUCAUUCAUGUCAAUCAUACAGAACGCUCUUUAAAAGUGAAUGGGCUGGUAUAUUUUCACUGCCGUGCCUCUGCAUGCCCUCAUGAUGCGCUGGAGCCCUGUAUAUCGCUGUGCCAGCAAGGAAAUCAGAGACCGGUACGUGAAGCUGCCAGAAACAUGACGAUCCUGGUGUCCUCCAAGGGGCCGGUGUACUUCCCACCUGCUCAGGAAUCUAAUAUGUUUGGAAAAGGUUCUCCAGUCCCCAGUGAACCAAUGGACAAGGAGUGGGUCAGGAUAGUAACUGUAGUCGGCGUUCUUUCUGUUAUAUUAGGAGUGAUUUAUGUUGUUAAGAGACGAUCUAGGGCUUCCGAUGUGAAAAACUAGUCUGCUUGUACAACAGUCACAUUAAAUAUCGCUUUAUCUUUUA